AAUUAUUAUCUACAUUAAUUUUAGUUUAUAACAUAUUGGAUAAGUAAAUGUUUGUGGUUCGUUCGAUUGUAAGAUAAAUGAGAAUAAAUUAUCAGUAACAGCCUAUCUGAUAUAUAAUUAAUUAAUUAAAUAAAUAAAUAAAUAAACAAUGGCAACACGAAACCUCACUGAGCCAUUUGUGCUUAUGAGAAAUAAUGCAUUGCAAAGUAAACACAUUUAUGCGGAGCAGAAUUUAUCUGAUCGCAUGGCGCUUGUUAGUUCGGAGAACAGAUCAUCUGACAGCGUCGAAUUGAAAGGAAUAAAUGGGAGCAAUUUGACAGCUCCAGCCUGGGCAGAUGCUCUCGAAGAAACUCAGUAUAUUUUAAGUCGUUUGAAAAUAAAAUUAGACAGUUUAAUUGAAAUACAUGCUAAGCAUUUAACACGACCGACUCUCGAUGAUACUUCCCAGGAAGAAAGACAGAUGGAACAAUUAACUCGCGAAAUAGGCCGCGCAUUUUCUAGCGGGCAUCGGCAAGUUCAAAUAGUUAAAGGAGCUGCAAGACAUGAAACACGUCAUGCAGAAAAACAAUUAGCGAUGAGCGCAGUUCUGGCCCUUUCCUCAGCGCUCCAGGACUUGGGUAUCCGAUAUAGAACUGCUCAGAAUAAUUAUAUCCAACAACUAAACUCGAGGGAAGAAAGGAAUAGGCCAUUUUUCGGUGAAGAUCGAAUGCUGCCUGACGUUUCUGUGGACUCGUGGCCUGCGGAGUCACCGUCGAAUGAAAUUAAUGACCAGUUUUGGCAGCCGAGACAGCAGCAAAAACAGGAGACUGUGCUCCUGAUGCUUGAGGAUGCGGAAGAAUCGAUGAAGCAGGCGGUUGAAAGGGAACAAGAAGUAAAUCAUAUUGUUCAAAGUAUAGCUGAUUUAAAUUAUAUAUUCAAGGACUUAGCUACUAUGGUACACGAUCAAGGUAGUAUUCUCGACCGUAUCGAUUACAAUAUUGAGCACACUCAAGGUAAAGUUCAGGAAGGAUACCAGCAAUUAAAAAAAGCUGAUUCUUAUCAACGAGCUAACCGUAAACUCUACUGUAUUUUUAUCCUCGCCGCGGCAAUUAUUUUCCUCAGUUUCUUAUUUAUUUUAUUCAAAACCUGAAUCUUAUUGCUUUUAUUCAUCCUCUUGGUUAUUUUCUGUGCAAUUUGUACUCAGUACUAAACAAAUCUCACUUACCACGAUAACUUUAUUAUUAUUAUUAUUAUUUUAUUUCUUAUCUGAUAACUUUUUAGACCAAUUAUCAUUGCCAUUAAUAAAAAUAAUAAUAACUUUUAAGUUUUUAUUCAAUAACAAGGUUCAGAAGCGACUUACGGCUUGACAAGACUGAGAUAAUUUUUAUUUCUUCUUAUAUAAUAAUUUAUUGUUUGUAUAAAUAACAAAAAUGCUUGAGUACAUUAUACACGUACAAUGUUAAAUAUUUAAACAAAUGUCUGUAUAUUGUAUAAUUAAUAACAAAAAAAAAAUAAUUAUUACAGUUAUUGUUAUUAAAUGAUCAUUAACAAUAAUAAUUAAAUAGUGAAUUAAUUUAUUUAAAAAUAUCAACCAUCUUAAUAUCACAGGCUAUGUGGUUUAUUUAAAUACAGAUUGAGAUACAGUCGAAAUCCAUUCACUCGGUUCAUUAUCUCGGAACUUCCCCUCAAUCUUUACUCCCACGAGCUACGCUGUCUUUUACCCCCUGCUAUACAUUUGCAUGUGUCUGUAUAUAUUUAUAUUUGCAUCAUACAUGUAGAUGUAAGAGCGCAUGCGCCAUAGUUAACUUUUUAAGGGAGAAAGGGCAUCCGUUAACUAGGAAAUUCUAAGAAUUUUCCUCUCCUCCGUAGAUUAACUGUCCGAGUUAAUGAAAUUCGACUGUAAUAAGUAAUAUUUUUUAAAUAAUAAUAAUAAUAAUAAUAAUAAUAAUAAUAAUAAUAAUAAUAAUAAUAAUAAUAAUAUUGUUCAACAAUGGGAUGCUAAGAAAGUUGUCUAUAAAUAGUGGAUACCACUAGGAAUUGUGUGAUGUGCUAUAAAACACAUAUAUACAUAUAUGUAUAAUAUAAUAAUUAUUAUUAAUUACUAUCUAUACAUAUAUUUACAAAUUAUUUAUCUUUGUACCCUAUUGUUUCAAACGCUUCUAAAGAGCAUUUACACUACAAGUGUUCUACGCAUUUGUUAUUAAAUUUUAAGCAUAAUCACCUGGAUUCUAUUUAAAGGCACCUGUAAAUAGGUUGUUGUUGUUAAUUAAAUAUAUAAAAAAAACGAAAAAA